AUGGCUUCCAUGGAAGAUAUCAAAAUAGUUUUUGAGUACUUGAAACGGGAGCCAGAAAUGUAUCGAAUUUUGCAACGAUUUGUGAGCGAGACGCUUCAGUUCGAGCGCUCGCUCAUAGAAGGUAUGAUGGAGGCAGGGCGGAGGUUGGAGGGAUUGGUGGGGCAAAAUGCCCACGAAGUAAUGGAAGAGAAUCCGGUGCCUCAGGAGCCGGAAUUUGACGAAGAAGAAGCAGAGCGGACUCCUCUGCCUGAAAGUAGUGAAGAGGCCGAGAAUUGGCCAUGCGAAGCAGAGUGGACGCCUCUGCCAUAUGAUGAAGAAGAGGAAGAAAAUGAACCUGAGGCACCGGUGGCACCAAUGGAGACGAGUGGCAUCGACGCACGAGGACGAUUCGCAUCCCGGUUCUUGCCACGCAGGAAGAAAUGGCUACGGCAGUACCGGAAGAAUCCCGCUGAUUUAGGGGAUCUUCCGAAUGGAGUUGCAAGUGCCGCAGGCGGAACCAUACACGUGUGCGGCUUCUGCGGUAGGCAGUUCGAUACGCUGAAGGGGUGGCGCAUUCACGCUUCUAGGAUGCACAGGCAAGAAGGUUUUUGUGCUCGUUGUGGGCACAACCUCUUGCUGCCACCUGGAUUUACGGCCGCACAGAGAACGGCAGCGGUGGAGCUUCAUGCCCUUGAUUGGUGGGUGCCCGAGGGCUUGUGCGGCCGUAAUUGGCGAAAGACAGGUGAAGCGCAGAUUGGAUCUUGUGGGAAGAGAAGAGGAUCAUUUGUUCAUUCCAGGCCAAUAAUAACAACAGGCUUUUCCCACGCGGCCAACCUGUCGCUGCCUGCCCCAUCUCUCCAGUCUCUUCCACGAAAUACGGCAAGUUGA